AUGCUCCAGCACCAUGCUCCAGCAUCCAGCGACAGACUUCAAUGGAACCAGCAGACCGUCCUGUUAAACGUCGGCGGAGAACUCGACUUGCUUGUCAAGAAUGUCGGGUUCGAAAGAUUCGUUGUGACGGCACAACUCCCUUAUGCGACUCAUGCAGGCGUAAAAAUGUUGAUCCUUCGCGUUGUGUCUAUCCAGAUGCAGAAAUGUGGUUAUAGGCACAAGAACAUCCAGAGGCGGGGAGAUCAUAAGGCCACUUCAGGGCCAAGAUCUAGGGGAGAUGCAGAACGUCGUGAUAAGAGUCUCCAGGAAGACCACCUGAGUGUGCAUCAGUCAUCGCCGUACGAAAGACUUCUUCCGCAGCCAUUUCCGUUGAGCGCUGGCACUCCUGAAACCGGCAGAACACUGGAUGUACCGGAACCUGUACAUUCAAUUAUUGGUAACCAGUUCAGUCCGUCUCUAGUAGAGAAAGGGCAUCAGACAUCGCCACAAUGGCAACUGUUGCCGUCCCAGCUGUCCCCUAAUGGCACUCAAAGCAUCAGGGGAAAGGAUGUGUAUCAUCCAACCGUAGAAGAGGAGGCAGAAGAGCAACAGUACGAGCAGAUAUCCCCUCGUGUUGUAGGGAGCUCAAGUGCUUUCGCUUUUAUAGAAAAUGUACACGAAGCACUCCGUCAGCCGACUAAGAGAAAGGGUGUGUCUCCACACUCAAACGAGAUUUAUGAUACAGUUAGUCAUUUUGGUAGUUCUCUUCGCUCUAAUGGAACCCAACGGAUGCCACAGACAGUGAGCACGCUGGUCGAUGACCUCUCGCUUCCUCCGAGUUCACUGGUGGAACAGCUUUUACGAAAGUAUUGGGAUGAGAUACACGUUAUGAAUCCGGUUUUUCAUGAACAAACAUUUAUGAGACGCCGGCUGCUCAACGAAGGCCCAAUAACGAGGCCAUCCCGUACUGGGUCAUUGGUUGAUGUGAGUCUAUUACCGGCAGACCGCAUUUUUCAAGCCACACUCAACCUGAUCCUUGCCAUCGUUUGUCUGCGCACGAAUCUGGGAACAUCAAGCGAACACAGAACUACCCAGGAGACUUUCUUUCACCGCGCAGAAAGGCUGCUCUCUCCGGACAUUAUGCAAUGGGAAUCCUUACAAUUGGUUCAAGCUCUAGUGCUCAAAGCGGCCUAUCUCAGAGAGGCAGAUAUGUCAAAUCAGUCGUGGAUUGCUGUUGGAGUCGCCAUUCGGACUGCUCAAGCGAUUGGGUUCGGAAAGAGAGCAAAGAAAACGUGUGUGGCACGCAUGUGUGAUAAUGGACAGAGCAUGACAUAUGGAAGACCGCCUAUGAUAUAUGGCGAGCCGACAGUCUCCCAUCCAGAAGCAAUCGAUGAUGAGUACCUCAGCAUGGACUCUAAGGAACAAGACGGCGCGCAACCGAUUGACCAGCCUUCGAGAAUGGCUUUUUUCAUUCAUGCUCUCCACUUGUCUGAUAUUUCGUCUCGAAUUCGGCAAUUAUUGUACGGUCCGCGACAGGAACUGAACAGAGAGAGGCAUUGUCGCCUAUCUAAAAAGCCAUACGCUGAAAUCAUUGAUUUGGAUGCUGAUUUAGGUAAUUGGAAUGAAAAAGUACCAUCCUAUCUGCGCAAUGAGGAUUUCACUCCAAAUCAUCAUAGAAGCUGCUUUAGUCGUCAGCGUAUAUAUCUGAGAUGCCAGUUUCUACACUGGAGAUUGAUUCUCUUCCGAGGACUCUUGGUUGAUUUCGCUCGUGAGAGUUCCUCAGGCUGUCACGACUCAUCGAAGACGCCUUUACAGGAUAUAUUGUCCCGUGGCUCAGUCGAAAUAUGCAUUCGUACCGCUCGGAAAUUACUCGACACAAUCGAACCACACUUGGGUACGGACCGGCUUCCGGCUGGCUGGUUUAUAGCUUCGUUCCACUUAUAUAAUAUAGGCGCCAUAAUAGCCCUUGCUCUUUUGAGCCCUGGCUUGCGAGCCCUCUCCAGUGAUUUGACAUUACAAGACCUUCGACAAGCGUGGCGGCAGUGCAUUAAUUGUCUCCAGAAAUGUGAUAGUCUCGGCAUGCGAUUUGCGCAAGGAUGUAUCAUAAAGCUGCGAAAGCUGUUUGAGGAGAAUGAAGGCGGAGAACAAAAUCAGCCUAAUAUGUCUGUCUCUUGGAAGGCAUCGUAUGCUCAGCAACCUAUACCUCUAGGACCGGAUCCGGUAGUAUCUAUCAUAGAUGGCGACAACGGGCGGGAAUCUUUGCCAAAUGGUGGCCAACCAGCAGAACCUCUGGGUUUUGUCUCGCAACAAGAGCCAUUUCAAUCUGAAAAUCCUGGAGACAUGGAAAACGGAAUUGUAGAUAUGUGGUGGAUGGAUCAGGACUUUCAAUGGAUGAGCGGCUUUGAUCUUUCACACUUGACGGAUCUGGAAGUACCUAGUCCGAGAGAUUUUGCCUGA